AUGUUUGAAUUAAUCAACUUAUGUUAUCUGAGACACCGGUACACGUAUUGGGCCCGACAUGGCGUGAAAGGACCCAAUUAUGUUGAUAUAAGUGAAUUCAUUAGCAAAUUUACCGACACCUGUAUCGGUAACUAUCGUCGAUACGGCCGUAUAUAUGGCGCCUACUUUUUCACCAACAAUUGGCUGAUUGUCAACGAACCGGAACUAAUCAAAGACAUUGUGGUGAAGGACUUCCAGCACUUCCCCAAUAGAUAUGACAUGAAUUUAGGCCAAACCGGUCUCUCUUCGGCCCUAUUCUUCAUGAGAGGCGAUGAUAACUGGAAACGUAUUCUGAGGGAAGAACUCAACGCUUUGGACACAGACUUCACGUAUGAAAACCUAAAUCAAUGCCAAUAUUUAAAUGCCGUCAUCGAUGAGAGCCUAAGACUAGCGCCUCCUUUGGCUAGUAUUCAACGGGAAUGCAUUCGUGACUAUAAACUGGGAAAUACCGGUAUAACAGUACCCGCGGGAACUAACAUAGAGUUUCAGCCAUAUGUUAUACAUAGAGACCCGGAAUUAUUUGCCGACCCUGAUCAGUUUAAACCGGAAAGGUUUCUCAAGCCCACACACCAUCCGUACGCGUACAUACCCUUUGGUGGCGGCCCUCGACUGUGCGUUGGUAUGCGGUUUGCCUUAAAUGAGAUGCGAAUGUGUAUCGCAAAGAUUGUACACAAGUUUGAGUUCACACUCGCGCCCGGAUUUGAGAUGGAUUAUUUCACGGGAAGUAUAUUAAUAACGCCUAAACAAGUUUUGGUUACCAUCAAGAAUUGCUAA